AUGUCGAAAGCGUCCCAGCCGGAGCUCAAAAAGUUUAUGGAUAAACGCUUGUUUAUCCACCUGCAAGGCGGACGCAAGAUUAGCGGUGUCCUUCGUGGGUUUGAUAUUUUCCUCAACCUUGUCGUGGACGACGCUGUCGAAGAGACUGUACCAGCGGAAAAACACCCAAUUGGCCAAGUGGUCAUCCGAGGAAACAGCGUCACCUCGAUGGAAACACUCGAAUUUGCUCGAUAG